AUGAACAAGAUUAGCAAUGUCCAGAUCAACAUUGGUUGGCCAGAAGACUUGACAGACACAAUAAUCAACCAAAGAUACGUUGACUUCAUAUUAGAUGACAACAGACCCUUCGACGAAGAAUUAGAAAACAUCAAGGCCUUACAAUUCAAAGAUGGCCUAAAACUAUUGCUGAAUACAAAAAAGAACCAUAAAGAAUUCACAGAUGUCUUACACUCGCCUACCGCCGAUUACAAUGUCAAUACCAACUCAAUAAGUAUUUUCGAGACCUUGCUGAACCAACCAAUGUAUGACAACAACUAUCCAAAAGCCGUGAACUAUGGAGCAUUAGGCUUCAUCAUUGGACAUGAACUUGGCCAUGCCUUUGACAGUCUAGGCAUUGACUAUGAUGUUGAUGAAGAUUAUAAUCCUUGGGUCAACGAAGAGACAAAAAGUUACUUUAAAAAGCUUUAUGAUUGUUUGGUGAAGCAGUAUGGCGAAUAUAAGGUUGGAGAAAGGUCUCUGAAUUCGAAAUCAACAUUGAGGGAGAAUUUCGCCGAUAAUUUAGGUAACAACCCUCAUAUUGUACCUAAAAAAACAUAA